UGAUUGUCCAGCUCCACAUACAAUACAAUCCAUCUCUCUCUGUUACGCGUUGAAUCAAAGACUAUUCCUUCUCAGUCAACAUGUUCUUGUUUGUCUUUGGUUUUUAUUUUAUGUCGUGUUGUAAUUUAACUUAUAAUUCGUCUGGUUUUUUUUUAUGGUUUCUCCCACUUAUAGGAAAACCCUUGAAUUUCCUAUUCUCUAAACUCUAAAGCCCUUUAUCUCCUUUCUAACUCCUACAAAACCGACUACAAAGAAAACCCAGAUUUUGGUUUAUCUUUUCUUUCUGUUGGGCUUUGCUUUUCUUUGGUCGAUGAAUGGAAGAAGAAGAAUUUGGAUCUGGAAGCUAUUUCUCUCGAGGAGUCCACAAUUGGCUUUGAGGGCUUUUGUCUAAUCGUUUCUCUGUUAGCGCGUAAUUUAGGCCACAUGGCUGAGAGCUGGGAUGGAAGUUAUAACUUUGGUAGCCAGUCAGACGAGAGUGGUCAAUUUGAGAGACUGCACAUUGAGCCUAUUUAUGAUGCAUUUGUUUGCCCUUUGACUAAACAAGUUAUGCGAGAUCCUGUCAACUUGGAAAAUGGGCAGACUUUUGAACGUGAAGCGGUUCAGAUGUGGUUCAAGGAACGCAAAGAGAGUGGUCGAAGGCCGCUUUGCCCAUUGACUCACAAAGAAUUACGAAGUACGGAGCUGAAACCCAGUAUAGCUCUGCGGCACACCAUCGAAGAGUGGACUGCUAGGAAUGAAGCUGUUCAGCUUGAUUUAGCUCGUCGGUCAUUGAAUCUAGCCAGUCCAGAAAGUGAUGUUUUGCAUUCUUUGAAGUAUGUCCAGUAUAUUUGCCGAAAAAACCAAUCAAAUAAGCAUGUUGUGCGCAAUGCCGAGUUAAUACCUAUGAUUAUUGACUUGUUGAAGAGUAGCAUUAGGAAAGUUCAGUGUAUAGCUCUUGAAACCCUUCGAAUUGUGGUCAAGGAAGAUGCUGAUAAUAAGGUAAUACUGGCUGAGGGAGACACCAUGCGAACUAUCGUCAAGUUAUUGUCUCGUGAGCAAUGCAAAGAGAGGGAAGAAGCUGUUUCUUUGCUGUACGAACUCUCCAAGUCUGACGUCCUUUGUGAGAAGAUUGGCUCAGUCAAUGGAGCGAUUCUUAUUUUGGUUGGAAUGGCAAGCAGCAAAUCAGAAAAUGUUUUGACUGUUGAGAAAGCAGACGAAACAUUGGAAAAUCUGGAGAGGUGUGAGACCAAUGUGCAGAAGAUGGCUGAAAAUGGCAGAUUGCAGCCUCUUCUCAACCAAAUCCUUAAAGGCUCACUAGAAACAAAACUGUCCAUGGCCUCAUGCCUUGGUGAUCUAGUUUUGAACAAUGACGUGAAAAUCCUUGUGGCUAAAACUGUGGGUCCAUCUCUGAUCAAUAUCAUGAAAAGUGGUAACAUGCAGUCAAGAGAAGCUGCUUUGAAAGCUCUUAACCAAAUUUCAUCUUCUGAUCCAAGUGCCAAAGUGUUGAUUGAAUCGGGAAUUCUUCCCCCUCUCCUCAAGGACCUCUUUACGGUUGGUGCUAAUCAGCUUCCCAUGCGAUUGAAAGAGCUCUCUUCAACAAUUCUCGCUAAUGUUGUGAGCUCAGGUUAUGAUUUCGAUUCCAUUCCUGUUGGUCCUGACCACCGGACUCUGGUUUCGGAAGACAUAAUCCAUAACCUACUCCAUCUAAUUAGCAACACUGGUCCAGCUAUUGAAUGUAAACUUAUUCAGGUUCUUGUUGGUUUGACCAGUUCUCAGUUCACUGUUUCGAGUGUUGUAGCUGCCAUUAAAAGCUCAGGUGCUACUAUCAGUUUGGUUCAGUUCAUCGAAGCUCCCCAGAGGGAUUUGCAACUAGCUUCCAUAAAACUUCUCCAGAAUCUCUCUCCACACAUGGGUCAGGAACUAGCGGAUGCCCUGCAUGGCACGGUUGGACAGCUUGGCAAUCUAAUUAGUGUCAUAUCAGAAAAUAUAGGAAUCACUGAAGAGCAGGCAGCGGCUGCAGGCCUUUUAGCUGAACUCCCAGAGAAGGAUUUGGGCCUCACACGGCAGAUGCUAGAUGAAGGUUCGUUUUGGCUGAUCACCAAUAGAGUGGUACAGAUCCGGCAAGGAGAGAUGAGGGGCACCCGCUUUAUGACACCAUACUUAGAAGGGCUUGUCAGGGUUCUUGCUAGGGUUACAUUUGUCUUGGCUGAUGAGCCUGAUGCCAUUGCAUUCUGCCGUAAGCACAAUCUUACUGCCUUAUUUACUGAACUGCUUCAGUCCAAUGGACUCGACAAUGUACAGAUGGUAUCUGCCAUGGCAUUGAAAAACUUAUCCCAAGAAUCGAAAAACUUGACGAGAUUGCCUGAUUUGCCAGCACCUGGAUUUUGUGCUUCAAUUUUUCCAUGUUAUAGUAAACAGACUUUCAUAAGUGGUUCGUGCAGGCUCCACCGCGGGAUAUGUUCGCAGAAGGAAACAUUUUGCCUUUUAGAAGGACAGGCUGUGGUGAAGUUGGUUGCACUUUUAGAUCACAGAAAUGAGAAGGUAGUUGAGGCAGCACUUGCAGCACUAUCUACUUUAUUGGAUGAUGGGGUUGAGAUAGAACAAGGGGUGCAAGUUUUGUGGGAGGUAGAUGGUGUUAGGCCUAUACUUGAUCUCCUGCACGAGAAACCGACAGAAAACCUGAGGACGAGGGCAGUUUGGGCUAUUGAGAGGCUUUUGAGGACUGAUAGUAUAGCAUAUGAUGUUGCUGGAGAUCCAAAUCUGAGUACAGCACUUGUUGAUGCUUUCCAGCAUGCUGACUAUCGAACCAGGCAGAUUGCCGAGUCUGCGCUGAAGCAUGUAGAUAAGAUACCGAAUUUCUCCGGUAUCUUUCCUAAUGUGGGAUAGACCUUUUUCCCGAGCGAACUUGUAUGUACUCUGUCCUUUUUAUGGUUUUUGGUUUGUGAACUGUAAGUUGUAGGUAGUUAAUUGUUCAUACACAUUUCUUAUUUGAUGUAAGAAACUCAUUUGUUUUGGAUAUAGAUAUAUAUAUUUUUCUA